AUGACAACCGUAUCCAAGAAGGGCGUUACCUUCAGCUCUAAUGUCACAGGUAUUCAGAUCAUGAACAUCGAAGACUACACGCCCAGUGAGAUUUCGGCUUCGUGGUACAACCAAGAAGACAUGGAUCGCAUCACCGACCGGUGCCUUAAGCUACUGAGGAGAAUGGAAAGUGACAUUUCCAACAGAGGCAAGAAGUAUUGCACGAGAGGCCUCGAGGGUCACACGGCGCUUGCAUCCAUAAGCAAAAACCAGAAUAGAGCAUGUGCUCGCGCAGCAGUUCUAAUGGAACAAUCCAAGCAAUGGAUUGAAAACAAAGUCGACGAUCAAGCCAUUGCAGAUGCCUACAGCAGCACCACUUCCAGCUGUCAGCUGUGGGCCCAAGUCGUUGGCAAACGUGAUGAAGAUAUUGCCGAAGACAUCUACUUCAUGAAUGAAAACGAGGACUGUCUCAAUGCGACUGUGGCUACAUUCUCCUUCAAGUCGAAAGACUCUGGUGUCCCAGGUUUUGAGCAAAGAAGAAUGGAACAAGCAGAAAGGCCAAGUGGCCUUCAUCGAACAUCCUUAGCGUUGGUCGCGUGA